AAUUUCACUAUGAGCACGGCAAAGUACAAUAAUUACAAGUUAUAAGAUUUACUUGAGCACUUCUCUUUUGCACAAAAUAUACUUUGAGUAAGAAAAAAAAACUCCAUAAAUAUCGGUGAUAAAUCGCUAAUAAAAAUGAAAUUCUACAGAUAAGAAGAGUUAGAGAAGGAAGAAGGAGGUUGAGUCACGUUCAUAUGAAUUGUCGACCGGUUUAAAUUGAAAUUUUGGUCCGUGCUCUUCUUAAGCAUAAAAAGAAAGGAUAAAAACGUUAGAUUUACUCUUAUCUUGCACUUAACAAAAUAGGAGAAAGUCUUUCUAAAGAAGCAAAAGAAUCCAGGAGGGAGCGGUAAAAAAACUUGAAGACAGAAGAAGUAAAAAUAAAAGGAAUGCCCUUAAGUAUGGAUCCUAUUGAAGUUUUACAUCCAAAUACACCAGAUCUCUCAGAAAAUGACAGUAGACCAGAAUCUGGAAAUUCAGUUUGCAGUUCGAAUUUUCAACCAGGACUUAAUGCAAUAUCAUUGGAUAUGGAUAAAACUUCCAAAAAUAAAAAGAAGCGCGUUUGGCAAACGUUAAAGAAUAAAGGAAAAAGCCUGCAGUCUGCAAAAGAUUUCCUCAAAGACAAGAUUAAAUUAAAAAGAAAUAAGAAUCGUGUCCAGGAAAUUUCAAUACAACAGGAGGAUGACAAUGAUAAAUGGUCAACGAGAGUUAUUCGUCGACCAAAAUCUGAACCAAAUUUCUUUUCUUCGCGAUCUCAGCCUGGAAAACUUAAGAAGGAAGAUUCACUUUACGUUUGUGACAUUGACGAGAAUGAAUGACAAUUCCAAAUUUAGAAAAAAUUUAAUUAGCAGUUCUUCCCUUUCAAAAGAAGGGAAUAUCGAAAAUUUUUGCUAUUUAAGCAUUUUAUAUAUACAGUAUAUAUAAAUAUAUAUUUUUACAAAAUAGUUAAAAUACGGCGAUGUUAUUUAAUAAAUAGGAAAAAUAAGUUCGUUUUGUUUGAUUAAAAAAUAAAAGAUAAUUAUAUUACUUUUAGUGAUUAGAUAUAGAAUUAGGAUAACUGUAUGAAUCAUACAGUAAUCCAGAUGGCGUUGGUUGUUUAUCCUAUUCGAACCUAUCGCAUCUUGUUAAAAAAAAAAGAAAAAUCGAAAAUGAACUAAUAAAAAAGAUGAAAAACAAACCGAAAUUUUCCUAGAAAACCAGACUUUCUCAUGAGUUAUAACG